AUGCCACCUCCUCCAAAAAAAAGGAGAUCUGGUGCUCAACAACGCAAAGCCAGGCAAAAUCGUGCUAACAGCGAACCAUCUGGUGAUAUACUUGUCACUAGUAGUGAUGACAGGUCUGAAGAUCCAAUUGUGUCUCCCAAUAUACCACAAAACGAUAAUUCAAGCAAUGCUUCCGACCAACAGAGUUCACAUGGUGGCAGUAGAUGGCGUAGACGAAGAAACAGGCAUAAAAUAGUCGUAUUAGUUCUGCACGACAAUUUCCCAACUGAAAGUUUGAGUCAAGAGCAGUGUCGAUUGUUACAAACAGCACUGACUGAGCAGAUUACACCUGGCGAGGAAGGGGUAGGUCCACGAUUUGGGGGUUCCGCUUUGCGCAGAGGAUAUCUUGCUCUUACAUGUUUGAAUGUAACCACAAAAAAUUGGGUGAAAAACACGGUGGCUUCAUUACAACCUUGGGAAGACACUCGACUUAAAACGGAGCUAGAGGAGGACAUUCUAACAAAGGUGAAGUUAUGGCUCCCAAAGCCUUAUAGUGGUAUGCAGAUGGAAAAGAUUUUUCAGCUGCUCAAGACUCAAAAUCGUGGGCUGAAGACUGAUGUAUGGAAUAUUGUCACUGAAAAGUCUAAUGCACAGGGGACAAAUGUUACAUUGAGGAUAGAUGAAGCUUCCCUUGAUACUUUGAGGCGUCUCAAAAUGCAGGCGUGUCUAGGGCUUGAUAAAGUGUUGUUUAGGUUUCUUGAUCAGUGA